AUGGCGGAUGCAGGCGCAUCUCUGGCGCAGGACACUGCCAACUUGCAUUUGGACGAGGUCACGGGCGAGAAGGUCUCCAAGUCCGAAUUGAAGAAGAGACAGAAGCAGAGACAGACUGAGGCCAAGAAGAAGGAAAAGGCGGCUGCUGCACCACCCAAGCCGGAAAAGAAGGCCGCAAAUGCAGAGCUUGACGAGAGCAAUCUCAACCCCAAUCAAUAUUUCGAAAUCCGCAGUGGACGUGUCAACCGCCUGCGCGAGACCAAGCAACCCAACCCGUAUCCUCACAAGUUCCAAGUGAACACGGACCUGCGAUCGUUCACGGAAGAAUAUGGCAGCUUGAAGCCCGGCGAGCACAAGAAAGAUGUCGAGAUCCGCGUGGCCGGCCGUGUCUAUACCAAGCGAGCGUCUGGAGCGAAGCUCGUCUUCUACGACAUCCGUGGUGCAGGGACCAAGAUCCAGAUCAUGUGCCAGUCACAGGAGGCCGCCGGCGAGGUCAGCUUCGAGGCCCAACAUGAGCAUCUACGCCGUGGAGACAUCAUUGGCAUCAUUGGCUAUCCUGGUCGCACUGCACCCAAGAACCGUCCCAACGAGGGUGAACUAUCCGUCUUUGCUCGUGAGGUUAUUCUCCUCACGCCCUGCUUGCAUCAGAUCCCCUCAGAGCAUUUCGGUCUGCAGGAUGUGGAGACACGAUUCCGCCAGCGUUAUCUCGAUCUCAUCAUGAACGACAAGUCGAGACAGAUUUUGAUCACUCGUGCCAAGAUCAUCACCUACAUCCGGAAUUACUUCGACUCGAAUGGCUUCGUGGAGGUCGAGACCCCGAUGAUGAAUUCUAUUGCUGGAGGCGCUACAGCCAAGCCCUUCGUCACGCACAUCAACGAGUACAAGCAAGACAUGUUCAUGCGAAUUGCACCCGAGUUGUAUCUCAAGAUGCUUGUCGUUGGGGGUAUCGACCGUGUGUACGAGCUAGGCAAGCAGUUCCGCAACGAAGGUGCCGAUCUGACCCACAACCCGGAAUUCACCACGUGCGAGUUCUACGAAGCCUACGCGGACGUCUACGAUGUGAUGAAGCGAACGGAAGAUCUGGUGUCAGGUCUCGUCAAGCACGUCACGGGCUCCACCAAGACGACAUUCCACACGCAAACCAAUGAGGUCUACGAAGUUGACUGGUCGGCACCCUGGAAGCGCAUCGAGAUGAUUCCGGCGCUGGAGGAAGCCACGGGGGAGAAAUUCCCUCCGGGCGACCAGCUACACACGCAGGAGACGAACGAGUUCUUCAAGCGGGUGCUCAAGAAGGUCAACGUGACGUGCUCGCCACCGGAGACCAACGCGCGCAUGCUCGACAAGCUGGUCGGCGAGUUCAUCGAGGAGAAGUGCGUCAACCCGACCUUCAUCACGGGCCAUCCGCAGAUGAUGUCCCCGUUGGCCAAGUACCACCGCGAGCAGCCCGGCAUCUGCGAGCGGUUCGAGGCGUUCGUGUGCAAGAAGGAGAUUGUCAACGCUUACACGGAGUUGAACGACCCGUUCGACCAGCGCCUGCGGUUCGAAGAGCAGGCGCGCCAGAAGGCGCAGGGCGACGACGAGGCGCAGAUGGUGGAUGAGAAUUUCUGCACGAGUCUGGAAUUCGGCCUGCCUCCGACUGGCGGCUGGGGUAUGGGUAUCGAUCGCGUCACCAUGUUCUUGACCGACAAUUACACCAUUCGUGAGGUGUUGGCGUUCCCGUUCAUGAAGGAGCAGACGACUACGAGCGGUGGCAAGGAGAAGGAGCUGGCGGCUGAGGUGGUGGGUGUUGAACCUUUGCCUGUCGAGGGAAUCGGUGAGUUGAUCUGA